AUGCGGCUGGGGCUGUGUGUGGCGGCCCUGGUUCUGAGCUGGAUGCAUCUCGCUGCCGGCAGCCGGGGGAUCAAGGGGAAGAGGCAGAGGCGGAUCAGCGCUGAGGGGAGCCAGGCCUGUGCCAAAGGCUGUGAGCUCUGUUCGGAGGUCAACGGCUGCCUUAAGUGCUCACCCAAGCUGUUCAUCUUGCUGGAGAGGAACGACAUCCGCCAGGUGGGCGUCUGCUUGCCGUCCUGCCCACCUGGAUACUUCGAUGCCCGCAACCCUGACAUGAACAAGUGCAUCAAAUGCAAGAUCGAACACUGUGAGGCCUGCUUCAGCCACAACUUCUGCACCAAGUGUAAGGAGAGCUUGUACCUGCACAAGGGCCGCUGCUAUCCCGCCUGUCCCGAGGGCUCUGCGGCUGCCAACGGCACCGUGGAGUGCAGCAGCCCCGCACAAUGUGAAAUGAGCGAGUGGUCUCUGUGGGGGCCGUGCUCCAAGAAGAAGAAGCUCUGUGGCUUCCGGAGGGGCUCGGAGGAGCGAACACGGAGGGUGUUGAACGCCCCUGGGGGGGACCACACCGUCUGCUCUGACACCAAGGAGACCCGGAGGUGCACGGGGCGGAGGACGCCCUGCCCGGAGGGGCAGAAGAGGAAGAAGGGCGGCCAGGGCCGGCGGGAGAAUGCCAACAGGAACCCCGGGCGGAAGGAGAACAAGGAGACGGGUGCCGGCGCUCGGAGACGCAAGGGCCAGCGGCAGCGGCAGCAGCAAGGGACAGCGGGGCCGGUCACCUCUGCGGGGUCCACCUAG